GUUCUGCGUCACGUGACCUGCGACACAGGAAGCGGAAGCGGCUGCUUGCAAGUAGAGCACCACGCUGCUUUUGGUAAGCGUGUGAGAUAUUUAUGGUCGGGCUGGAAGGUCGCACUGACUGUCGCAAUGGGGAAGAAAUCGCAGGUGAAGUCAGGUAACAGUGGGGAGACACAGAGCAAGGAUAGCAAGCCCUCUGAAAGCUAUGUGGCAGGGGACAUUGCAGAGAGUCUGUUUGCCAAGAAGUCAUGUGAGAAAGACUCCAGCUUGCUCUCACUCUUCAAUGCCAAGACCUGCACAGUCCAGGCAGCUUAUGUCCCUGUGGCUGCAACCCCUGUCAAAAGAAAGCUCCCCGAAGAGGACGUGUCGAAAAAAUCUACACCCAGUGUUGUAAAUGUCUCCCCCGCCAAGAAAUCCAGAGUGCUGUCUGAGGGCGAGCAGAAGGUAGCAGACAGAGAGAGUGCGUUGUCAAAUGCGGACAUAGACGAAAAGGUCCAAAAAAAGACGCUCAAGGUGGCGAAGAAGGGCGCAGAUGUUGAGACCGCAGUGACACGGCGGAUCAGGAAGAAAAUAAACAAGCGAGAAGAGGCGGCAAAAAAUAAAAGGACCGUGUUUGUUGGUAAUCUGCCAGUGGACUAUACUAAACCCGCUCUGAUGAAAUUUUUUAAAGAAUUUGGACUCAUUGAAUCUGUGCGGUUUCGUUCGCUGACACCAGCUGAACCCAAGUUAUCAAAAAAAGCAGCCACGAUUCAACGUAAGUCACACCCGAAAAGGAAUAAUAUCAACGCGUAUGUCGUUUUUAAAGAAGAAAGUAGUGCUGCUAAAGCCCUUAAAAGAAAUGGAGCUGAGGUAGUCAGUGGGGUGUGUAUUAGAGUUGAUCUGGCCUCAGCGAAUAAAUCUCAUGAUAACAAGAAAUCUGCCUUUGUUGGAAACCUUCCAUAUGAAAUCCAAGAGGAUUCUGUCCGUGAGCAUUUCGCAGAGUGUGGAAAAGUUGAAGCUGUUAGGCUUAUUAGGGACAAAACUUCUGGUCUUGGCAAAGGUUUUGGCUAUGUUUUGUUUGAUUGUAAAGAUGCGGUCCAACUCGCUAUGAAGUUAAACAACUCCGAGCUAAUGGGAAGAAAAUUGCGAGUAAAACGCUGCAUUACAGAGUCUUCAGGCAAAGCACCACCCAAAAAACUCAAAAGGAGCUUUGAUUCUUCAAAGAAAACAAAACCACAGGAUAGCAAAGCGUUUGUUGGCGAAAUCGCAGAUGUUAAGAAAAAUAUUAAGAAAAAUAAAAUUAAGAAAAAAACUGGACCAAAAAUGCCAAAAGGCACAAAGAAACAGAAAAAGUAAAACUGCAAGUGAAAUAAACGUGCCUAUCAUUGUGCUCUGGUUUCUCUUUUCUACUUUGUAUCACCCUUUGUACAGCGCUAUGGAAUCUUAUUGGCGCUAUAUAAAUAAUAAUAUAGAGUGCCAAUCUAGAUAUAUUGUAUUGCAGUUUUGAUGUUUCGUUUCAUAUGUGGGUUACUUUUACAAACAAUACAAUACGUUAAACUUUGAAUGUUUUCAGUGGUGUUUUUUUUUUGGGGGGGGGGUGGAGGGAGGGUUUAAGGAACACUCUAGGUACCCAAACCACAUCAGCUUAUUGAAGUGGCCUGGGUGCAAAGUCCCUUAAGCCUGCAAUAGUACAAUAAUUACCUGUGAGGGUUAAAGGACCACUAUAGUGCCAGGAAAACAUACUCGUUUUCCUGGCACUGUAGUGCCCUGAGGGUGCCCCCACCCUCAGGGACCCCCUCCCGCCCAGCUCUGGAAGG